AUGGAGGACGUGCUGCCCUCGGGCCUGCUGGAGAUCUGCCUGCUGGUCGGUGUGCCCAGGGAGAGGGUGAGAGCGCUCCUCCAGGGUACUCAAAGAAAACCCAAAAGUCUUCCUCCCCUGGAUCCAGAAGUUCUUUCUGUAUUUGUGCCUCCAUUUAUCAGCAGAGAUGAUAUUCAGGUGACUAAUACAAGUGGUAAUAACUUGAAUAAAAGUAAACGCCGGUCUUUCCGAAAGAAGAAAGAGAGACCAAAGAUUGAAAAUGUCAAGAGUCUCAAUGGGGAGCAGAAAGCAUCUGACACUGAAGAUAUUACAGUUCCAAAGGACAUUGAUCUUAUUGGUUUGCCACAGCUAUGCUUCCCAGGAGGACUUUAUAUAACUUCUGAAUCAAAAGAGGACCACAUUCAUUUCCUGGUCUUCACAGAUGUCUGUGGUAACAGAACAUACGGUGUUGUUGCACAGUACUACCAGCCCAUGCAAGAUGGCUGUAUUUCCUCGAAUGGGCAGGCCCAUUGGGAAUCUGCGCAGACUGGGAAGAUGCCUGUCUGUUUUGUACCGCUUGCUAUUUGUGUUAUAUCCAGAUAUCCGUAUUUUAAUGCCCUCAAGGAUUGUCUCUCUUGCUUACUAGUGCAACUGCGACCUUUCAAGGAUUUAGAUAUUGAGGAGCACAUAAAAGAAUUUGCAGCAAAAUUAUUUUUAAUACCCAGCCCGCCACCAGGACCACUCCACUUGGUAUUUAAUAUGAAACCACUUCAAAUCAUAAUUCCUUCACGAGAGGAUCCAGACAGUCCAAUUAUUGACUUGGAUCUUCAUCUUCCGUUGCUGUGUUUCAAGCCAGAACAGGUGCUGCAGAUUAUGACCUGUAUUUUGACUGAGCAGAGAAUAGUUUUCUUCUCUUCUGAUUGGGCUCUGUUGACACUCGUGGCUGAAUGCUUUAUGUUGUACCUUCAUCCUCUUCAGUGGCAACACACUUUUGUGCCUAUUCUGUCGCGGCAAAUGCUGGAUUUUGUAAUGGCCCCAACGUCUUUUCUUAUGGGAUGUCAUAUUGAUCAUUAUAAAGAAGUUAGCACGGAAACUGAAGACUUAAUUCUAAUUAAUAUAGAUAAUGGAGAUAUUACACAUUCAAAAAUGGCUGAAGAGGAACCUGAAAUUCCAGAUGUUCCAGCACAAGCAGCAGAAACUUUCAUAAAAAGAGUGGAGAGUCUUCAGCUGCAUUACGAUCUAGAGCUCUGCCAUCUCCGAGCCAGCACAGAUCUUGGUGAACUCCAAAUGCGUAGAAGGGCUUGGCAACAGAAACUGAAUACGGAAGUUCAGCAAACAACUUUGCAGUUAAUUGUUAAUAUCUUCAGGGAGGUAAAAGACCAUCUAAAUUACGAACAUAGGGUGUUUAACAGUGAAGAAUUUCUGAAAACAAGAGCAAUUGGAGACCAGCCAUUUUACAAAAAGGUUUUAGAGACCUACAUGUUUCACUCUUUUCUUAAAGCUCGUCUGAACAGAAAGAUGGAUGCUUUUGCUCGACUUGAGUUGAGUACCCAGUCCGAAGAGGACAGAUUAAACUUGAUGUUUCAUACCCCAAGAAGACUGACCAUGGAGAAAAUGGCUUCUAAACGAUUUAAUCCACAGUACAUGAUUAGUAGGCGUAUGGUAAUCAGUAUGCCUAAUCUGCAAGAUAUCAAGCUGCCAGAGGGCCCUACUAGAAAUUCCUCACUUCGAAGAAUAGAAACAGGUGUUGCUGUAAAAAUGCCCUCCAAAUCAGUUAGUACGUUCAAAAUCCCAGAAAUUCACUUUCCUCUGAUGUUCCAGUGCGUUCACUCCUACUAUACAGACUUCUUCAACCAUCUCAGCAAAGCUAUAAAUACCUUACCACCUGAUAACUCAGCAUUGCUGGCAAGGUACUUCUACCUCCGGGGGCUUAUUAGCUUGAUGCAAGGGAAACUACUAAAUGCACUUUCUGACUUUCAGAACCUAGAUAAAACAGACUUAAGAAUUUUCCCUACUGAUCUUGUAAGAAAAAUAGUGGAAACUAUGCCUCCUUCUGAGCGUUCUCAAGCAGACCGCAAACCGGAGCUGAAGAAGCUCAUAAGUCGAGUGAUGGAAAAACAAAGAGAAGUUAUGAAAAUAGACGACCACGUAAAAAAUUUUGAAUUGCCAAAAACACACAUGCAACUGGAUGAUUUUGUGAAGCGAAUCCAAGAAUCUGGGAUUGUCAAAGAUAUAGACACUAUACAUCGGUUAUUUGAUGCCCUAACAGUAGGACAUCAGAAACAAAUCGAUCCUGAAACAUUCAGAGAUUUCUACAACUACUGGAAAGAAACUGAAGCAGAAGCUCAAGAAGUGAAUCUGCCACCAACAGUAAUAGAGCAUCUAGAUAAAAAUGAAUGUGUCUACAAGUUAUCUUGCUCAGUUAAAACUAACUAUGGUGUAGGAAAAAUAGCUCUGACCCAAAAGCGCCUGUUCCUUUUGACUGAAGGAGGACAUCCUGGCUAUGUCCAGAUUGCUGCUUUCAGGGAUAUAGAGGAUGUUAAGAGCACAACUGUAGCUUUCCUGCUUUUGAGAAUACCUACUCUGAGGAUUAAAACAUUAUCCAAAAAAGAAGCCUUCGAAGCUAACCUUAAAACUGAGUGUGAUCUCUGGUACCUGAUAGUGAAAGAAAUGUGGGCUGGAAAGAAAAUGGCGGAUGAUCACAAGGAUCCUCAGUAUAUUCAGCAAGCACUGACAAAUGUUCUCCUGAUGGAUGCUGUGGUUGGUGCCCUGCAGUCCUCCAAAACCAUAUAUGCAGCCUCUAAACUGUCUUAUUUUGACAGGAUGAAAAAUGAAGUGCCUAUGAUGGUCCCGAAAACAACUUCAGAGACAUUAAAGCACAAGAUCAACCCCUCAGCUGGUGAGACAUUUCCACAGGCAAUAGAUGUCUUGCUUUAUACGCCAGGGCAUCUUGACCCUUCAGAAAGACCUGGCAACGCUCAUCCGAAACUAUGGUGUGCUUUAAGUGAGGGCAAAGUGGUGGUCUUUGAUGCAUCUACCUGGUCUAUUCAACAGCACUGUUUCAGAAUGGGACGCUCUAAACUGACUUGUAUGAUCAUGGUAGAACAGAGUCAAGUGUGGAUCGGUUCUCAAGACUCCAUUAUUUAUAUAAUCAACACCCACAGUAUGUCUUGUAAUAAGCAACUAAAUGAUCAUCGUUCUGAUGUUACAGACAUCAUUGUGGAGAUGAAGAAUGGAAUACCCAGCGAAGCGUACUCAAGCAGUUUAGAUGGAACAGUGAUUGCUUGGAACAUCAGCACUCUGAAAGUUAACCGUGUCUUUCAGCUGCCCUGCCAAAAUCUCACUUCUAUCAAGCUUCAUAAUGAUCAACUGUGGUGCUGUACUGGAAGUUGCAUACUUGUUGUGUCUACUUAUGAAUUUCAACUACAGAUGAAAAUUGAGCAUCACCUGAAGGAUGUGUGUUCCUAUUUUCUCUGCUUCCAGCUCUUUCCGGAGAGAGACGAAGCAUGGGCAUCUUAUUCAGGGAGUAGUGACCUGUAUAUUUGGAACACCAGAGACCUUACAAGUACACCUCAAAAGAUUCAUCUUCAAGAUUGCUCUGAGAUUACUUGUAUGAUAAGAGUUAAAAAUCAGAUUUGGGUUGGCAGCAGUGGAAGAUCACAAGGCAAAAGCAAAGGGAAGAUCUAUGUGAUCAGUGCUGAGAAGAAGACUGUGGAGAAAGAGUUGGUCGGUCAUGCCGAUACAGUAAAGGCGCUGUGCUCGGCAGAGGACAGAUACGUCCUCAGCGGCUCUGGAAAGGAAGAAGGGAAGAUUGCCAUUUGGAAAGUGGAAUAG